AUGGAUACCACGAUUUCCGGCAGUGUCUUCCUGACUUUUCCCCAGGUUUUGUUUGUUCUUUCAAGCCCUGACUUUAAAAAUCCUCUGUCAGAGGCACGCAGUAACCCUCCCCGCGGCCGCAUCGCCAGCCUCAGCGGGCCAGAGCUCCUGUGGCCACCCCUGGGUCAGCUAGCUUUUCAAGCGACCGCCGCGCCGCUUCUUCCGGCCUGCAGGCUGCGCUCGGCUGUGCUCGGCGCUCGCUCGGCCUUCGGCUGUUUCCGGAGCCACUGGCGGCUGGCAGCGGAGAGCUCCGUGCGCGGGCUGCAGAUGUCUGACCUGCAGGCGGCUGAGGGGCCGGGCUCCUGGAGCCCCACAGCCCGCCCAGGGUCGGCUGGCGGCGUCGGGGACUGCCAGGGAGUGGAGGGGAGCCAGGCGGCCGCCUCAGAGAAUGAAGAUCUAGAAAACAACAAGGAUACCUCUCUAUUGGCUUCUGCCACUGAUCCAGAACCCUGUUCCUCACCCCACAGGCCACAGAUGGUGUCUCCAGUGAGUAAGGAUGCCACGGAAGAUCUACGGAAAGCAACUGGUGCCUUGGAGGCUCAGGCCUUGGUGAAACAGGAUUUGCUGCCUGCAGACCAGGCCCAGGUCCUCAAUGAGAUGGCCAAGUAUCAAGUUCCACAGAGGUCUGGGGACAUCGUUAUGAUCCAAUCUGAACAUACAGGAGCUAUAGAUGUUCUUUCAGCUGAUUUGGAAUCUGCAGAUCUUCUGGGGGACCACAGGAAAGUCUCCCCACCUCUGAUGGCUCCUCCAUGCAUCUGGACCUUUGCCAAGGUGAAGGAAUUCAAAAGCAAGCUGGGCAAAGAGAAGAACAGCCGUCUGGUGGUGAAGCGUGGUGAGGUGGUGACCAUCCGGGUACCUACUCAUCCAGAGGGGAAGCGUGUCUGCUGGGAGUUUGCGACCGAUGACUAUGACAUUGGCUUUGGAGUUUAUUUUGACUGGACCCCUGUAACCAGCACUGACAUAACUGUGCAGGUCAGUGAUUCCAGUGACGAUGAGGAUGAAGAAGAGGAAGAGGAGGAAGAGAUUGAAGAACCCGUUCCAGCUGGAGAUGUGGAGAGAGGCUCCAGGAGCUCCUUGCGGGGUCGCUAUGGGGAGGUCAUGCCUGUGUACCGGCGGGACAGCCACCGAGACGUGCAGGCUGGCAGCCAUGACUACCCUGGUGAGGGCAUCUACCUGCUCAAGUUCGACAACUCCUACUCCCUGCUGCGCAACAAGACUCUCUACUUCCACAUCUACUACACCAGCUGAAGGACUGCUGGGACGGGGGCAGGCUGUAUUUGUUGGCUGAAGCAGGCUGCCAGCUGGUGCCUCUUGUUUGGGAUAGGCAAGAGCCAAAGGUUCAUGUGGGGCUGCUGAGCCUCACACCCUGUCUGCCGUGCCUGACUGUUGGCCCACAUAGCUUUUUCCCCUUCUUGGCUUCUGCAGGUGGUGGUGUAGUGCCCCUGUUCUGUGGUCCCUGACUUAUACUCUUCUUGCUUCAGACUCCAGCAAAUUCCCUCUUGAAGGCACCUAUCGGGCACAAGCCUAAAAGGAAGCAGGGCGUUGUUUUUUAAAAAUAGAUUCAUCUUGGCACAGGUUUAUCGUUCAGAUUGCUGCCCUCUCCUCUCCCACAGCCCUUAUUGCCAGUGCAUUUAGUGGCACCCACUCUCUUUAGUUGUUGGGGUGCCAGAAGAGGGAAGAGCACAUUGCCCAUGAAGGAGCCCAAUCUUUUGGUUGGAGAAAGCUCUAUCCAGCCUGUCACCACUGCCAUAUUCCUGCCUGCUGGUUAUUCUUGGUCUCUGCAUAGCUGGGAGACCACACUGCCUUUGGAGGGCUAUUACUAUUCCUGAUGGUAGACGCCUCCUCCUUUCUCUUUCCUAAGUCUGUGUUUUUGCCAUUACAGCAAGAACUUUCAUGCAAUCUCAAGUGAUGAUCAAUGUAACCUAAGAUCUUGUGGGAAGAAAAACUGCCUCCGUUAUUUCCUGUUCCAAGAGCUGGUUUCCCUUACUAUGGGCACUGGCAGUCAAAGUGGAGAGAGUGGAAAUUAGGUACUGAAUUGAUGUCAGAACCCACAUAUUUGAAAGUCAAGUGUUACUAUUUUUUUUUUUUUUUGGUAUAAUCAAAGAAGGAAUGGUAUCAUCUGACAGAGAAGAUGAAAAACAAAAAACCACUCCAGAGUCCCCACCACUUUUUUUUGUCUUUAGAGUAGGAGUGCUAUUUAGAAAUGUAGCUUUGGAAUCAAAUGCAGUGAAACCCAAUCAGGUUUCCAAAGUUUCUGCAUUUAGGUUUCUUGCAUUGAGGGCUUAAAGCUUUUGGUGUUCAGAGUCCCUUAGUUUAGGUGAUAAUGAAGCUUCACUAUUGCUGCUGAUUGUAUUUGUUCUUUACCUGACCAAAGCUUGCAUUUCCCUGGUGACAGCAUUUCCUACUGUGUCACCCCUGAGGCUCAGGAGUGCCACAGAGUGCAGGUGGUGCUGCAGCCAGUGGUCACCAGAGCAUCAGCUGCCGGGCCCCCAGGCGGAGAAGGAGACGGAGGUGAGAUGGGACCUCAGCAGUCUCUGUGUUUGUACCUCCCUGUCUCUUACUCCUCGUGUUAUGUCUGUUACUGCCUACGAAUUCUGAAGAAUAAUUAGAUUUAUUUAUUACUGUAUUUAUUUUUUUAGCACAUUUCAUUUUGCCUUUGAAACAGUUUCCAUCUGUUUCUCAGAAGGCUUCCCAUCUGUUCUGAGCCACUGAAGCCCAUUCUUUUAUGGAGUUAAAGAUGAUAUUUUUAGGAGAAUUUGGGAAGCGAUGAUGUUUUAUUUCUGUAGGUCAGCCCUGUGACGGCUUUGUGAGGAGUAUGGCCCUUCAGAGAUGGAUGAUGCCACCUUACUCCAUGUUUGGGGUACAGUCCAGCACUCCCCGUGAAAAAUUCUAAGUUGUGAGGGAAUCUGCCCAUUUGCUGGAGAUUGAGUACAGAGGAAUUGCCUAGCCAAUCAGAGAUAUCUUGUGAUUCCAGGAUUUCAGAGUCCUUUGUCUCCUCUGAAGAGUCACCUUCUUUGUGAUGUUUCCUUUGACUCACUCCUUCAUUGUUGGAUUCCUCACCAAGCGUCUAUCCUACAGUAGCAUAACUCAAGGAACAGGACUCUUCCCAGUGGGUCCCUAGUAGCAUCUACAUCACAUCAAAGGGCAAUAUAUCUUGCAACUGCUCUUCCCCUCGGAGCACGGCCCCAAGCGCGAUAGGAUGUUGGGGACUGCCAGAGCAUUCCCAUUCUCUGAGCAGCAUCAUACCUCCACUAUUUUAUAUUUGCAAAUGUGUUUUGUAGAGGAUUACACCGGCCAAAAUUUAUAUACCUUUAAAGAAAUUAUUUUAGUGACUGUCUGUUGAGGCAGUGAAGAGCAGAUUUGCUGUGUGUCAUCCCAUUGGAUAGCUGAGUGACCGCUCUUGCAUCAUUGAAGUUGAAUCAUGCCUUAGCUAACUGAAUAUAAUCUUUGUAAAAUAAUUUUCUACUGAGCUGUUUUCUAGUCAGCUAAAGCCUUGCUUAUUUUUCCUGUUUAUUAUUAACUUCUGCCUUUCUCUCAAAUUGAAACUGUCACGCCAUACACAGCAAACUCCCAAGGAUAACACUUGUUAUUAUUUAUUUUCACCAUGAGAUUCUCUGCUUAUUUUCUUUGGAAUCCUAGUUCUGUUGCAUCAGGGAAGCCUAAGGGACUUGUUCCCCUCACCUCUCUGUGCCUGUUAGUGUCUGGUCACUUUUGAAGUCCUGGGGAUGGUUACAUUUCAUUCAUACUGGUUUUUCACCAACUGUCAGGGUUUCUGUGUUCCAUUAGCACAAAAUAGCUAAAAGAAGAUAUUUUUACUGUCUAAUUCACUAUUCUCACAUUACAUUUCUGAAAUAAUUGAACUUUAGGGGCAAGGUAUUACUUACUGAAGCACAGGUAAUUACUGAGAACCCACAGCCCAGCACAUUCUAAGAGACAGUCAUUUCCUCAGCCCCUCCCAGUCCAAAUUUAUAGACCCAAACAAUGAAAUGAAAACCGUUGGCUUUGGUCCUCACCCUGUUCUCUAGAGCACAAACAAAUAUUAACAAACAAUUGAAAGAAAGUGCUUCAUAGUAGGAGAUUGGAAUUCUCUAUAGAGAGUGACUGAGUUCUUAAAUUUCUUUAGUUUUAGUUUUGCCACUUUGUUGAGUGAUGGGGCUUUUAGAAAGGAAGACAUAUUUAAAGUAUUGAUUUUUCUCCCCCAGUGUUUCAUUGUGAAAAAAUUUCAGCAAACAGCUUAAAAGAAAUAUAAAUAUAUUGUAAACCAAAAAGUAUCUGAGACAGGUCUCAAUACAUUUAGAGGUUUAUUUUGCCAAGGUUCAGAGCCCGUGACGGGGCCUCAGGAGGUUCUUAGAACAUGUGCCUGAGGUAGUCGGGUUAGUUUUAUACAUUUGAGGGAGACAGAAGGUCCAGGCAAAGCCAUAAAUCAAUACAUGUAAGGUAUACACUGGUUUGGCCUGGAAAGGCAGGACAUCUUGAAGAUGGGGGUUUCCAGGUCAGAGGUAGAUCAAAGAUUUCCUGACUGGCAAUUGGUUGAAAGAGUUAAGCUCUACGUGAAAAGAUGAAGUCAGCUUAAGUUAAAGUAAGGGGGGAUUGGCUUAAGCCAUGUAGAUGAAGCCUCCAGGUAGCAGGCUUCAGAGAGAACGGAUGAUGAAUAUUUCUUUUUAGGCCUUAAAAGGUGUCAGACUCUCCAGAAAAGACCUAAUAAGAGAAGGAGAUUCUCUACAGAAUGCAAUUUCCCCCACAAGAGACAGCUUUGUAGGGCCAUUUCAAAAUACGUCAAAUAAAUAUAUUAGGGGGUAAAUUUCCUUUGGGGCCUGCUGUCAUGUGAUGCUAUACCAGAGUCAGAUUGGGAUUUGGUAUUUUAUUGCCACAAAGAGUCUGUUUGGUUAGUCUUAAGAUCUCUGUUUUAAUGUUAAUGCUGGUCAGUUGUAUUUAAAUUCCAAAGGGAAGAGGGUAAUAUGAGGCAUGUCCGACCCUGUCUUCCCAUCAUGGACUAGUUUUUCAGGUUCCUUUGAGAUCCCCUGGGCCAAGAUGGGGGUCCAUUCAGCCGGUUGGGGGGGCUUAGAAUUUUGUUUUUGGUUUGCUGUAUAUAUAUGUAUACACACACUCCCCACAUAAAUGUAAAAAUUUUAAACUACCGAUUCUUAGGCAAAGAUGAUUCUAACAUUCUGUUCCUUUUGACAAGUGUCCAAUUAGAGAAUGCUGAUAAUAUCCCCUGCACAGACAACAUCAGCUCUGUUGGAAAGCCCUUGAUUUUUAGCAGACCUGUUUCAUUCAGCAUGGGUUACCCAGGAGGUGGUCUUCAUAAAAAUGUUUCUUGGAGGCCAGGCGCGGUGGCCCAUGCCUGUAAUCCCAGCACUUUGGGAGGCAAAGGUGGGCAGAUCACCUGAGGCCAGGAGUUCGAGACCAGCCUGGCCAACGUAGUGAAACCCCGUCUCUACUAAAAAUACAAGGAAUUAGCUGGUCGUGGUGGUGGGCACCUGUAAUCCCAGCUACUCUGGAGGCAGAGGCAGGGAGAAUUUCUUGAGCCCAGGAAGCGGAGGUUGCAGUGAGUCGCGAUCAUGCCACUGCACUCCAGACUGGGCAACAGAGCAAGACUCUGUCUCAAAAAAAAAAAAAAAUUGUUUCUUGGUCUCCAUCUUUCAAAACCUGUGCUGUAUUUUCCCCUUCCCUCAGGCCAUGAUCUCUGCUGUUUUCCUUACUAACUGGCACGUCAGUACAAGAGUGAUUCUAAAGCUGCUCCGGAAGGGCUUUAUGCUAACCUCUGUUGCUUGAUGACAUGUCCUCAGGACUCUGAUAUUAAAACUCAAUCCUCAGAUAACAGGUAGCUUUAUCAUGGAAGUAGGUAGCAAUUUGGAAUUAGAUCAUUCUUAGUUAUUUUUUUCUUAAUGAAUUGAUACAUGCACUUUAAAAAAUAUUUUUGUUAUUUUGGAAAGAAAAACUCAGACUUUUAAAAAAGUGUAUAUUGUCCCAUUAUUAUAUGUAUAUGGAAGAGUGAAAUCUGAACGCUGUCUUAUAUUAAGCAGUGGAAUUAGGUAUUAUCAUAAAAUGUCUCAACCUAUAGGAAAUAUGAGUUUAUGUUUAUGAGUCCUGCUCAGUCCCUUUUUGAGAGAAUUAGUUGAAACCCAGACUCUAAAGUCUGCUUUUAUAUUUGUUUGUUAAGACGACUGAUCUGCAAAAGGUUGCCUUUUAACCCCAGUGGUUCUAAGGUGUGGAGUUGAGUGACCCUAAUAUUUACAUAAGAGACUUGUUUUAGUGGAACAUAAGGGAGGGGCAUAAGUUACAUCGUUUUGUGCUGCUUGAGAACUGUCUUUUAAAAUUGAUCACAACGAGGGAAAACAAAACAAAGUUAGGGGGCAAAGGGUAGGAGUAUGGGGGGAGGGGAGAGCAAAGCUAUCGAAUAUAUCUUAGAAUUUUGCUCAGAAAUCACUGCUCCCUCUCAAGUGUUGCAUUGUCCCUGCCUAAACCAAGAAGGCCAAACAAAGCCGCUCCUGUUUGAAUUCUUAAGGUAAGAAAUUUCUAAGCUAAGAAAACACUAUUGCCUAAAGCCAAUGAUAGUGGGGCUCAUUUACAAAUAGGCAUGCCUCACAUACUGAGUCCAAAGGCAAGACACUGGCUUUGAAAUUAGGCUCAUAAUGUGAUUCCUAUUAUAUGUACCUGAUUUCUUUUAGGCCCCAGGUAUGUGGACCAGAGUUAAUGUCAUGACUCUUCAUUCUAAGAUAUGAUGAAAAGUUGCCCUAGAAAUCUAGAGACGCAUGUUUAUUUAAUUCCAUAGUUUAAAAAAAAAUUUUAAGCAGGUAGUUGUGGCUUAUCUGGGGGCAAAAUAAUAUAUGUGAAAUUACUUCCGGAGGACUAAGUAUAUUUUCUAAAGUCCUGAAAUAGGAUCAUGAACCAUUCUGAAGUUUUGGUUUGAAAUAUUAUAGUAUAUGAUAUUACCAAAGAGCCCUUAAUUCAGAGUUUAAGGGGCUCUCUUCCUGAACUCUCCUCAUCACUCAGGGUUGAACGUGUAAUGUUCCUUGCUAUUGAUUGUUAUUGUUGAUUCUUAGGAUCAGGCCAAGAAUCAUCUGGAAAACAUUAUCUUAAUUCCUUCUCUCAUAUCCUAAACAGUACAUUUUACUAAGAAAUUCCAUAUGAAAAACUCCACUCAUGUCUCCUGAGAUUAUCCUGUAAGUGAAGUAGCUUUCAUUUAACCAAGCUAAAUGAUUUCCAUUUAGCCAUGUUAAAGAGAAGCCAAGUCUGGAGAAAGCAAUCCUGUAACCCAUGAAUCUGGCGUACCCAUUUUCCCUUAACAUAACGGGAAGUGUUUUGAAAUUCCCAGAAGAGAGCUGUUUUGUAAUCAAAGUGAUGGAUUAUAAGAAAGCCAGACUUUGGAAAAGGAUAAUUGGAAUAAAGGGAGGUGCUUGAAGACUUUCUAAACUACUUUAUGCCAUUUAGCUUCUAUUUUCUGAAGGGCUUUCUUUGGUGCCAUGUACUCAGAUCAGUCAGUUGACUGAAAGAUGAUCAUGUUUUCUUCGUAAAGGUUUAAGCAAUUGGCAACCGCAAAGACAUUAUUUUCUUACUGUUCUAUAUCACGUACUGUUACUGACAUUACAAAAAGGGUCUGGAAGGGAAACCGUGUCACUGUUUUAUCUUUUUUCUUUAAAAUACAAAAGUAUCCCAACUAAUCAUUUAUUAUGGUCAGCUUGUUUUACAUGUCCCCUAUCAUGAGAAAUGCUAUCAACAUCUGUGAUUUCUAAGAGCUCUUAUUACUAAAUUGUUACUUUAAUUCUUGUGUCCUGCUGAGUGGUUUUUCUUUUAGAAUACCAUUUUUAUCACCCUGUGGCACUGGAUGUGUUACUGCGAUUACACUGAUGAUUCUGAGCUGUGCUUCUUUAAAUAGCUCAGUUCUUGUGUUUUAUGUAACAGUUUUGUGAUGCUUUUGUGCAUUCUUUGUCAUCUCUUCCGAGUUUUCAAAUCUGUCAUAAAUAUUUUCACUAUGCACCUGGUAACAUCUGAGUUAUAUUUUAAUGAACCUGAUUUACAUUUUAAA